GAGCCACAAAAAUAUUUUUUAAAAAAAUGAAUAAAAACAUUUUCUCGUCAAAUGAAGAAUUAUAUUUGAGAAAGGAACAAAAGGAAGGUGACGAUGUGAAAGGAAUUCAUCGUCUGUCUCCCUAUGUGCUGUGUAAUUAACCGGCGUCCCAUUUCGGGUGUUGGCAAAACUAUUUCCGGGUGGUCACGGUGAAAGCAGGCAGCGACACGAUAUCAUUCGACGCUUCUUCUUGAGUGCGGGCGAGCGUCAAUCUGGCCUCCAAUCUGAAACGCUGACGUGAAAUGUCACCGCAGGUACGGAGACAUGAGGGUGACCAUGACGUACGAACUCUUCAGCAUGUGGCAGAACCUUGGCGAAAACAAAAGACAUUUCAUCCCCGGGAUGAUCGGCCCGUUCUUGGGCGUCACGUUGGUGCCUCAGGCGGAAGUCCGAAACAUCAUGAUCCCAAUCUUCCACGACAUGAUGGACUGGGAGCAGCGUAAGAAUGGAAACUUCAAACAGGUGGAGGCCGAGCUGAUCGACAAGCUGGACAGUUUGGUCUCGGAAGGAAAAGGCGACGACAACUACCGGGAACUCUUCAGUUUGCUAACUCAGCUCUUUGGGCCGUACCCCAGGUAUGCAUGAACUAACAUCUCCACUAACAUCUCUUCAUUUCUCCGUCUCUUCUCCCCACUUGAAUUGCAUUGAUCAACAGAAGAAUUCAAACGCAUUGACAGAAAAA